AUGGCCAGGCCUGCAGUCAGUGCCUUGGUGUAUGUUUCCCAUGAGCCCCUCUACCUGCAUCCUGUCUGAUUCCUGCCUGAUCCUGACUCUGCUUGAACUCUGCCUGCACCGACCUUGGCUACUCCUGACCAAUCUUCUGCCUACUCCUUGUAUCUUGUCUGCCCGUUAGCUACCGACCCGGCCCGCCUGACUACGUUUGGGUUUGUUGCACCUGGUUGUACGUGUUUGUGUUAGUUUUGGGUUUGGUUGUUGCACUGCGUUUAUGUUUGUGUUGCCCUUAAUAAAUUAUAUUGUUUUACACGCUAUACCUGAA